AUGAGAAAAGCAGUCCAGAGGCCAAAAGCAACAAGGUGGCAGAAUUACAAAUGUGAUGUGUUGUGGUCUGUGUCAGGUGACAAUGAAGAACUUAAUGUUUGUUGUCAAUGGCUGUCUCUCAACACCAAGUACGCAAAGUUCAGACUUGCGGCCUUGUUCAGACUUAUAAGAAUGAACUCCAGAGGACGCGAGGACACAAGGCAGUCAGAGGGGGAGGGGAGCGACACUUUCUUCCCUCCCUCAACAUGGAGCUCCGUGUUCCGCCCUGCGCCGAGUCUGACUGGGGAGGAGCCGGAGGAGGGAGCGGUCCCACCGGGGAAUGACAAACUAAAAAGACGUGUUGGGUCAGUCACACCUGACAGCACUCCGAGCACACGACACAAAACACAAGACCGACAGAAAGCAGCAGCGGACACCAUGAGGGACACGGCCAAGAAGAACGGAGACCGGAGAAAUAAUAACACGGACGUCUCGUGUUCAGCCAAUGGGAGAGGAAUCAAAAAAGAGGACGACGGCUCAUUUCCAGUGAAGAUUCAGGGUGCAGGCGUCGAACCCUUCGAGCUGCAGGUUCAUGGGUUCUGGCUGGUCCAGGAUGCCAUUAUGAGUGUUUUGGGCAGAGAAGAGGUGGCGCCACGCUCGUCUGUGGCUUUGGCCCUUUCAGGAGUAACUCUUGACCCCAUGAUGGAGCUCCAGGACAUCAAAGGCUUCAAAGCUGGAGUUACUCUUCGUCUAGUGGAAGAGCCGUACUCUCCUCGGUCGGCACAGGCUCAUCUGGCUCGUGUGCAGGAGUUGCUGAAAGCUGCCGGACCCCAAGAUGCCCUACUGGAGGGCCGAUCGCCUGCUGUACUGAACACACUCACACAAACGUCUGAAGCCCCUCCCACUCUUCACUCAAAGAACAGACGGACCAAUAGCAAAACAGAGCAGUCUACUGAAGCCCCGCCCCCUCCCACCUACAUUCUGCCCGGAGUUUCAGAAGUUCCUCCUUUGACAACCCUUCUGCCCACAAACACACACAGUGAAGCUCCCAGUUACCUGCUGGAUCUUUCCCUCAGCUGCUGGAAUCCUCCUCCUGGUUUCCGGAAACUCCAGGGCGACUUCUUUUAUAUCAGUGUUCACACUUUAGAGGGCAAGCAGUGUGACAUCACUUCCUGCCCACGUGGAUUUUACCUGAACAGGUCAACUCUGGACGUGUUUGAUCCUCGCCCUGCUCAGUCUACUCCAGUGUGUCACUGUCUGACCGACCUGCUGUCCCACAUCAGCCCACAGUUCAAACACACACUCAGCACACUGCGGCACAGGCCGUCACUGCCGGUGGAGGAGUCUCUGCCCACACCAUACCGCACACUCAGCUGGCUGGGCUUCUCCUCGCCUCACUCACACAAAUCCAGCUUCAGCGGCCGACUAGGUCUCGACCAGGACCUCAACUCCCAGGCUCCUGACUGGAAUAAGGAACUUCAAGCAGCCAGAGAUCUUCCUCAGAGGAGUCUGGAGGAGAGACUUACGAGGGAUCGAGCAUUACUGCAGGUAAACGGUGCUUUUGUGUGGGCUGUAGCUCAGGCAGCAGAGAAGGUGAUUGAUGGUUUUGUGGACCCAGUGAACGGCUCUCAGGAGGACCCAGCGUUCCUGUGUGGUGGUGUGUUCAUGAGUAUGCCUGUGCACAGAGAAGAGUGGUUGGGUGGAGAGCGAGGACACAGAGCUGCUCAGCGUCUCGAGCUGCGAUGUGUUCAGGCUUACAGUGACCUGGACGCAGACCUCCAGAAAUUGCACACAAUCCCCACCGCUUUAGCAGAAUAUCGUGGGGUUCGUUUGUCUGCACAGGGCCUGGCACCUGGUCUUCAGGGUCCCGAGACAGCUGAAGUCCCCAAUGGCCUUUUAUACGGCUUCACCGCUGGGCCGCUGGAGAAUCCAUCCAGACGCAAACUCCUGGAGCUCCUAGCUCAGUCGGCAAAGGCUCUUUCUCUGCAGAGACAUGCAGUUGUGGGUUCGACAGGUCAUCAGCUGCCUCUUUUCACCUCUGUUGAUGCGCAAGGGAUUCUAGGGGCCGACGGCCGCUAUUACCUGCUGGAUGUGUAUCGCACUAUGCCUGCUGAUGCGAACUUUCAAGUGGAAGAUGGAGGAGAAGCUGAUACCAAAGAGAAGAGUUUUCCAAGACGCUACCCUCACGUUUUGUGUCGUUUACGGCCAGAGCUUGUGAAGGCAUUCAUUCAACACAAACAUGCUCAGUUCACGCAGCGAGUGAAGGCUCACUUGGAGGAGAACGGAGGACUGGAAGACGGCAUGCAAACUGAUGAUUCUCACAGCAUCGAUGCAGUAAGAAAAGCCUGCAAAGACGUGGGAUCUGUCAGUGACAUCAUCUUUGAGAUGCGUUUCAACCCCAAUGUCUUUUCUCCAGGUGUGCAGUUUCCCAGCUCUGAAAGUGACUCUGUGGAGCUGCAGAAGAAAUUAUUGAAGGAAGCGGCGUCUUUCAUCAUUCACAACCAGAUACCAGCAUUUAUGAACGACUGCAUUCAAAGCUCUGAUGUGCCGAUGGAUGGAGCAUCAUUACGGCAAGCCCUCCAUCAGAAAGGCAUAAACCUCCGUUAUCUGGGUCACCUGAUUUCCUCCAUCAGCCAAUCAGAUUUCAAACAUCAGCUGAGACACAUCAAGAGACUGGCGUUUGCAGAAAUUGUGGUGCGCUGUGCACAGCGGUUCUUCAGUGGAUACAUUCAGGGAGUAGAGACAUCAAACUUGUCAGCAGCUGUCAGUCAUUUCCUCUGCUGCUUAUUGGUGCCACACUUCAGUUCAGCCUCCAAUGGGGAAGAGUCUAAGAAGCGCUCCAGGAGGCGUGGCCGUGGAGGGGCCGGGGCUACAGACAGCGCUGCAUGGAACGCCCUCAGUGGGAAUGAACUGUGGAGUCUGAUCUGUCAGGACGCGCAAGAAACAUACAGAUUUAAAGAAGGGUUAGGAUCAAAUGUGGACCAUCUAGUUGAGCAGUACGGACUCCAGAAGAUGUCCUUGUUGAGAGAGAUGUGCUUGAAGACUGGGAUUCAGCUUCGUCUCAGAGAAUAUGCCUUUGACAGUCGUAACAAAGCUCCCAUCUCUCCUGAUGAUGUGCUCAAUGUUCUUCCUGUCGUCAAACACAUCACGAUGACAACCAGCGACGCCACGCGGAUGUUCAUGGCGGCCCAAAACAGCCUUCAGAAAGGUUUGCUGGAGAAGGCGUACGAGCAGCUGAAAGAAGCGUCGUAUCUCUUCAGUCGUGUGUGUGAUGAUCUUCAUCCUGAAGCCUGUCACUGUCUCAGUCUGCUGGCAAAAGUUGCUUAUGUUCAGGGUCAUCCUGCUGAGGCUCGCAGUGUUCAGCUGAGGGUCGUGAUCAUCAGUGAAAGAGUUCUGGGCUUCGAUCAUCCCAACACCAUUCAGCAAUACGUGUUAUUAGCGGUGUAUCUGUAUGCCGGUGGUGAAGCGGCUCUGGCUCAGCGAUGUCUUUAUCGAGCCAAAGUCCUCCUGCUGACGAUUCAUGGAGGAGAUCAUCCGUACACUGCAGUCAUUGAUGCUUCUCUGGGAUUGAUGCUUCAGGGAGAGCAGUCAUUACAGUUUCUCCAGAACGCACUGAAGAUCAGCCAGUCCUUCAGAGGAGACGCAGAUCUCACAACUGCUCUCAUUCACCACCUGCUGGCUCAGAGACUGUGUGUGUCUGGCGACUACAGACAAAGCAUGAACCACGAGAAAGAGGCUCACAGCAUCUUCCAGAACAAGUGCGGUGAAGAUCAUCCUCAAACUAAAUGCAGCUCAGACUUCCUGAGGAACAUCACCCAGCAGGCCGUGCGUGUGGAGCGCUCCAUCCGACAGGGAGGAGCAGAGGCAUCCGAAACACCGCCAGAGGGUUUGUUUCCUUCUCAGGACACGACGCUGGAGCAGCUCGCUCUGGUCAACGGCAUACUCAAGACUUCAUACAGCACAAGAAUGAUGGAGUUUAAAGAGAAACUGAAAGAGAAGAAAGCAGCAGAAGAGGCAGAAAAGACCAAACAGGAGUCAGCCAAUGAGAACCAAGCUUCAGAGCCGUCAGCCAAUAAGGGAGAGGCUACUGAUGACAGAGAACAGGCUAACGGAAAUGCAGAAUGCCAAACUACAGGAGAUGAGGCUUCAGAGGAAACGGAUCACACACACAUGAACUGCCAGAUGGAGUCCCACAUGCACAACGGAGUCUCCAAAUCUGAAAACGAGGAGGAGAAACGCCAAUCUGACAUCACUAAUGGAAUUCCACCCCAGAGCCAAUCAAAAUCAAGCAUCACUAUGAUGUCACCGAGUGAAGCGCAGACAGAAUCAGCAGUGGUGAAUGGGAAAGAGUGUGUUGUGAAUGAAGAGAAACCGGUUGAGGAAUGAAAGUUUGAAGACCAGUUCAGUUUUUUUUACCUGCAGUAUAACACAAAAGUCCAAAUCACAAUCUGUCUCAAAGUCUUAAUGUGUUUUGACCAAAUAAAUUUUCAUUUCGGUGUGUGAACAUA